CGGUAGCUACUACCAAUUCUACAACUACCCUCCACCCCUGCACCAGUAAUGUAGCAAGCCCCUCCCUCUGUUCUCUCCUCCAUCGGGCUAGUCCACGACAGGCUGAGGUCAGUAAGGUGUAUGAAUGGUUACGGCAGUUAAAAAGAAGUCACCACAGUGGCCUGUGGAACUAGUCGGACCAGGGCUGUUAAAGGGGCCGGGCAGAGAGAGUAUUUGACUGGCCUGUCAGCCGUGAACCGUGGCACACACAACUUGGAGUGGCUGACUUACCACACACUGCCGACCAAAUCGCAAGGAUCGGUUUCUGUGUGGGACAGGUGUGGAACACUGCUGGAUCUACCAGAAUAUUUCAUGUAUGACAGAAGGGUAUAUUCCAAUACACACACAUACUGUCGCACAAGACUUGAUGCUUAUUUAAAUGGAACAUUAUCUAUUGAAGAUGUGAAUGAAGUCUGCACUCAAGAGACCUGCAUAGUAAAAAAGUUUCCAGCCAUUGUAAAGUGAAUUCAGCCAGUGUGAAGUCUGACUAUGUAACUGUGAGUUAGCUAUGGGUGUGCUCUGCCCUUGUGCUAGGUAACUUGGAUAUCUGCGAGGGUUUCUGUCACUGCCUAGGUGAAACUGGAGUGUUCUGUGUUGUGCUUUCUCAAGGAUAUACAGAGGAUAGGUAUUUACCUCUGCACCAGAUGCAGACUGUAGAUGAAUGAGUCAUCCCCCGACUGCAGCGAGUGAUGUUGACUGUAUGGAUUACCUAAGAUGAGCGGAGGGAUGAUGUCGGUGCUAAUGUCACACCUGGGGACUUUAUUGCUCUGCAGUGUUGCCAUCGUCACCGCGUUUGAAAACUAUGGACACAUCGAACACUAUGAAGUCCGGAUCCCGUCCGACUUCCGAUUCACAACAUACGAAGAGAUGGAAUCUGAGUUCCAGAUCUUCUCCCAUGAAGACAUCACCGGGUAUGUCCAGUUGACGGUGGACAUCGAUCGCGACCAACUGCUAGUUGGAGCAAGGGGCUGUCUGUUCCAGCUGUCCCUACAGGACCUGGAGAUCCUACACCAGGCUGAGUGGAAGUCAGACAACCUUACAAGAGAUGUGUGUAUUGCCAAGGGCCAGCCUUCCCAGUAUUGUCACAACUUUGUGAGAGUUCUUCUACUUCACAAGGACAAGGUGUUCACAUGCGGGACCAACGCCUACAAGCCGGAGUGUACAUGGAGAAAUGCCAGCUCCCUGUCUGAAGUGGAGCAGACAAUCAAUGGCCAGGCCAAGUGCCCGUACAACCCAUACCAGAAUGCAACAGCGUUGAUGACACCUACUGGGGAUCUGUAUACCGCCACUGUCAUCGACAUCACUGCCAGGGAUCCUGUCAUCAACAGAGACCUUGGACCUUCACAACAUCUGCGAACAAUGCAGAGAAAUUCUAAAUGGCUCAAUGAGCCCAACUUUAUAUCUUCCUAUGAUAUAGGAGAAUUUGUAUAUUUUUUCUUCCGAGAAACUGCAGUCGAGUUCAUCAACUGUGGCAAAAAAACAUAUUCCCGAGUUGCAAGGGUUUGCAAGACUGACGGAGGAGGGAGGGUCCUUCUAGAGGAGAACUGGACAACAUUCUCCAAAGCCAGAAUGAAUUGCUCAGUACCAGGAAAUUUUCCCUUCUAUUUUGAUGAAAUACAGAGUACAUUUUUCUCUGAGAAGGAACAACUUCUUUAUGCCAUCUUUACAACACCAUCGAAUAGUUUAGCGGGGUCGGCUGUGUGUGUGUACAACAUGUCCGCGUUCCAGAGGACGUUCAUUGGGCCGUUCAAGUACCAGGAGAACGCUAAGUCUGCCUGGAUGAAGCAUGAAAACCCCACUCCAUUAGAGAGGUGCCCUAGCCAAGGCAGUGGAAGUAAGCGGUCAACAGAUACCUCAGCCAGCAAACUAGAGGCGGCCAACAUGUACCAGCUGAUGGACGAUGCCAUACAACCCAAUACCAUUUCCCCGCUGUUCCUCGGGGAGAACGAGAGGUGGACUCAUAUUGCGGUGGACUUUGUGUACGGCAAGAUGGACCUGUAUGAGGUGGUGUUUCUGGCUACAGCCGAUGGAAAGAUUCGGAAGAUGUUCAAGGUUCCUCGCUCCAACAAAACCUGUCUCAUUGAGGAGAUCAAGAUUGUCCCCAACGGGGAACCCAAGCCAGUAAAAGCCAUGAAAAUCUCUCCAGAAUCGGGUGCAAUCUUCAUCUCCACCCAAGGGAGGGUGAUUAAGAUCCCUGUUGAAAGAUGCAGCCGCUUCACAGACAGCGAUUUGUGUGUGAAUUCCAUGGAUCCUUACUGCGGCUGGGACUCCGUGAACAACACCUGCUCCCGCGCCCCUCAUGGAAACCCUCACGAGGUCACCUGGGACCAACACAUCGUCUCCUGUCCCAUUGUCGAGUAUCCAGUGAACGGCAACUGGUCAGACUGGUCAGACUGGAGUCCGUGUGAGCAGGUUGGGGCUGACCAGGCCGGGGAGGACUGUCUGUGUCGCCAUAGGAACUGUGAUAGUCCCAAACCCUACUAUGGUGGGCGUCCGUGCUCUGGAGCCUCCAUUGAAGUCACCAACUGUUCAGUUCACGGAGCCUGGACGCCAUGGACCCCUUGGUCCAGCUGCUCCAAGACAUGCGGCUACUCCAUCAAGAAGCGCGAGAGAUACUGCAGCAACCCCACCCCUCGACAUGGUGGGUUCGGUUGUGAGGGCCGCCAUGUUGACAGCCAGCUGUGUUCAGGUCUCCCAGCGUGUAAAUUGCCCCCUGUUGAUGGCAAGUGGUCCAAGUGGUCCGGGUGGAGUACAUGCACGGCCAAGUGUCAGGGCGGCAUCCAGACGCGGCGGCGGACAUGUGACCAGCCCAAGCUGAGUCGCGGCGGCAUCCCUUGCAUCGGCAACAAGGAGGAGAUGAGGAUGUGCAACACCCAGAACUGUGAUAAAGUGGUCAAGCUGACGCCAUGGAGCCCCUGGGUGAAGACAAAUGAAACUAAGGGAGGAUAUUUCCAGCAGAGAUUUAGGUUUACAUGCCAGGCUGAGGUACCAGAUCGCAAGAUGAUUAAAUCCAAGUACUCUAAGAGCCAGGCCCGUUUUUGUUUCAACAAUGACCGCGGCUGCUACACGCCAGACUCGCCCCUCUUGGUUCAUGAGGACGGUGGGUGGUCCGAGUGGGCGGAGUGGUCCCCUUGUGAUCAGGACUGUGAGGGCGGAAUGCAGUGGCGACGUAGGUCAUGUGACAACCCUCCACCAAUUGGGCGGGGGAAGGACUGUGCUGGGCACGGGAUGGAGGGGAGACAAUGCAACACACAUUCUUGUUAUGGUGAGUGGUCCUGCUGGUCUAGCUUUGGCCCAUGUUCGGUGACUUGUGGUACUGGCAUCAAGGCCCGCACCAGGACCUGCUUAUCUCCAGGCCUGGACAGGAAGACCCCGCUCGGAUGUGUUGGCAGUGCCAAGGACUUGCAGAUGUGUGAGAUGGAGCCUUGUGAAGAUACGCACCCCAUGAGAGGAGACUGGUCAGCUUGGACAGAGUGUUCCCCCAGCAAUGUCCAGUACCGACAUCACAUCUGUGACCAGCACCAGCUGGGACCAGACUGCAGUAAGGAUAUCAUACAGCUCCAGCACUGUACACACAAGAUACAUGUGAUGGAGGCGAGUGUCGGAGCUAGUGUUGCCGCCAACCAUCAGUUCUCUCGGCGCGUGGGUGGGGUAUACCUUGUGAUCGUGGCUGUGAUUGCGUUCAUCAUCGGUGGCCUGGCAUCGGUAGGGCUCUUCAUGUACAUCCAGCGGUACCGAGACCAGAAACACCAGGAUGAGGCUGAACUAUGGGGGGUCUCCAAGAAUGAGAUCAACAUGAAACCAAUCAACACUGCAGAAUCCUCCCAAAUUAGUCUGGAUUUCCAGAACUUGCCGCCAUUAGUGUCACCUAAUAAUCGGUUAAGUCUGAAUACUUUUGGGUCCUUGAAAAAGGAAAAGAUGACUGUGAAUGAGGCAAGUACCCUGAAACGGAAUUCCAUGUGGACCAACUUGUCUCUGAAUGAAUUAUAGACACAACUGUAUGUGAUGUCAGAAAGUGAACCAGGCGUAUUUUUUAAAUGUCAUCAAUACUCAUGUUUUUUGUACACUACGUUCUUCUAGCGUACAUUAGACCAAUUUGCGUUGUAGGGGUGACGUGUGUAUUUUUGGUCAGUGUUUUACUCACAGAAGUCAAAAGACGAUACUCUUCAUAGGAACCUUUUGGAAACCCUACCAAUGCCUGACACUGGCUAAAGCUGUACAUCUGCCUGGAGUGGGGCGGUCAGGUAGUCUAGUGGUUAAAGCGUUCACUCAUCAUGCUGAGGACCUGGGUUCGAUUCCCGACAUGGGUAUAAUGUGUGAAGCCCAUUUCUGGUGUCCCCUGCUGUUAUAUUGCUGGAAUAUACUCACUCACUCUGCCUGGAGUGUGGAAGGUCGGGGUUGAUACCUGGCCGUGUGAUACCAAAACACAUUAAAAGACGGUACUGUUAUCCUGCCUGGCACUCAGCAUUACGGGGAUAAAACAUGGACUGGUCAGCUCUGAAUCAGUAUACUGUGUCUGGAGUAUCCAUGA